GGCGGCGGCGGCGGCGGCGGCGGCGGCGGCGCACGCUUCCUGCGGGCGCGGCUGCUGUGGGCGCGGAGCUGCGAGGCGGAGCCGGGCCGCCGAGCCGGGAGCCCCGAGCCGGGAGCGCGUCGGUCCAGCCUCCGGGCCGCGCCGCCGCCGAGCAGCCGCCCCGCGCGCCGCGCCUCGGGAACAAAGGCGCCCGCCGCCGCCGCCGCCGCCAUGAAGCCGGGGCCACCGCACCGCGCCGGGGCCGCCCACGGGGCAGGCGCCGGGAACGGGGCCGCGGCCGGGCCCGGGGCCCGCGGGCUGCUCCUGCCGCCGCUGCUGUUGCUGCUGCUGGCCGGGCGCGCCGCGGGGGCUCAGCGCUGGCGCAGCGAGAACUUCGAGAGGCCCGUGGACCUCGAGGGCUCUGGGGAUGACGACUCCUUUCCCGACGAUGAGCUGGAUGACCUCUACUCAGGGUCGGGCUCGGGUUACUUUGAGCAGGAGUCGGGCAUUGAGACAGCCAUGCGGUUCAGCCCAGACGUGGCCAUGGCGGUGUCGACCACGCCCGCAGUGCUGCCCACCGUGGACAUCCAGCCUGUGGGCACCCCGUUGGAAGAGCUCCCCUCUGGGCACCCCACCCCAGAGCCAGCCACCAGCGCCCCCGUGGUGACAGAGGUCCCAGAAGAACCCAGCCAGAGAGCCACAACCAUCUCCACUCCCACGGCUACCACAACUGCUACGACUGGGGGGGCCCUAACUGUGGCCACGGUGCCUGCCACAGUGGCCACUGCCGCCCCCAGCCUCCCUGCGGCCCCCCCUUCCACGGCCACCACCUCCGUCAUAAGGACCACCGGUGUGCAGAGGCUUCUGCCUCUUCCAUUGACCACGGCAGCCACGGCCCGGGCCACCACUCCAGCAGCACCCGCACCUCCCACCACGGUGGCCGUCUUGGACACAGAGGCCCCGACACCUAGGAUGGUCAGCACAGCUACCUCCAGGCCAAGGGCCCUUCCCAGGCCAGCUACCACCCAGGAGCCUGAUAUCCCCGAGAAGAGCACCUUGCCCCUGGGGACUACUGCCCCUGGACCCACGGAGGUGGCUCAGACCCCAACUCCGGAGUCCAUCCUGACCACGAUCCGGGACGAGCCUGAGGUGCCUGUGAGUGGGGGGCCCAGCGGGGACUUUGAGCUGCCAGAGGAGGAGACCACACAGCCAGACACAGCCAAUGAGGUGGUGGCCGUGGGUGGGGCCGCCGCCAAGCCAUCAGCUCCACCUGGGGCGCUUCCCAAGGGUGCACGCCCAGGCCCCAGCCUCCUGGACAACGCCAUCGACUCAGGCAGCUCGGCAGCUCAGCUGCCCCAGAGAAGCAUCCUGGAGCGGAAGGAGGUGCUUGUAGCUGUGAUUGUAGGUGGGGUGGUGGGCGCCCUGUUCGCUGCCUUCCUGGUCACCUUACUCAUCUACCGCAUGAAGAAGAAGGACGAGGGAAGCUACACCCUGGAGGAGCCCAAGCAGGCGAGCGUCACGUACCAGAAGCCCGACAAGCAGGAGGAGUUCUACGCCUAGCGGAGCCACAGUGCCUCCCGCAGCUCAGCAGCGCCCCUCUGCCUAGCCCCCGGCCCGGCCCCACCAGCCCUGACCCAGGACUGGGCCUGGAAGGGAGCCUGGCCCCAGUUCAUCUCUGCCCGCCCUCCUGAGGUCUGCCUAGACUGCCAGCCUCACAGAGACCUCGCCCAAGGGGCAGGGGGCAGCGCCAUCGGCCCUCGACUGUGCCCUUACGAGCUCAUCUCUCGUUUCCCCCUCCCCCAUCGGCCUGCAGCGGGACCUCGUGUCAGACGGACAGGAGGAAGGAGGCUGCGGAUUGGCUGCCGGCAGGAGGGGCGGGGCUUGACAGGGGCUCGAGCCCCACCCCAGCCCCACGGGGCUGGCGCACAGUCUCCUGGAGCCUGACAGGCGCUCGGGCCGGUUUCCAGGACGAGCACUGGGCCGGAUCAGCCCUUGAAAUCACUGAGAAGCAGCAGCCUCUUGCCACUGUUCCAGGGCCCCUCUCUGCCAGGGAGAGAGGAUACCUGUUGCCACCAGCCUGUUCUGUCCUGGCCUCUCUGGGGCUGUGGGGUCCUUCUCCCCUCACCCCUGCCCUGUAUGCCCAUACCACAGGCCUCCCCUUCAUCCCCAUCUGCCCCCGAGGAACGGACUUCCUGAGAGCACCCUGGGGGCCCCUGGCAAGGACAGGCGGGGCUGCUCAGACUGCCCUCUUGCCAGUGGGCUCCGCCCAGACACCAUCUCCUGCACUGUCACAUCAUGUCACACACAGAAGCAUGCAGUGACCGAAGCCUACUCGGUCCUGCUGCUCGGUGCAGACCUGUCACAGACACGCACGUUCUUCCAAAGACGCUGACUCUCCCGUGUCUCUCACAGUCCCCCGGGGCUUAUGACGAUGGGAGUCACCAGAUGCCAUCGCCUGAUGGUGACCGUGCGGCCUGCCCCUCUCCCCAACAUACACUGUGGCACCACGUGUGUUGUCUCCAGCUUUCAGGUUCCCUGGAGAGGGUGGAGGCAAGCUGGAGCAGUCAGCCCAUAUUGGGUACCCUGAGUUGCCCUGUCACACUCAGUCCUUUACCACGACACCAACGCCAACCACAUUGCCUGCGACCCUGACCCGUCAGAAAUAACCCCAUGUGGAUGCCCAGGCUUGCCCCGCACAGCCCCACGCUUGCACCCUGGAAUAAAGGGUGGCACGGAGGGUAUGUGGCCACAAGCCCCCCGGGGCCCUGCACACCUGGGAAACUCGCUCCCCUCCCCGCUAUUGCUCGCCAGGGGGUUAGUCCAGGGCCAGCACUCCUGCUCGCCAGGAGCCUUGCUGAGGAGGGCAGGCUGGUUUGGAAUGUGGUCCCAGGCUGGGGAGGGAGCUGGGGUCUCCUAGGACCACAAGCCCUGGGCGGGGAGGGGCGUGUGGCCUGGCUCCUGGUCUCCUCGUGUCCCCCUUCUGCUCUGAGCUAGGGGCUGACUCUGCCUCCCAGGACACAAGUCCCCAAAGUGCCUGCGAGGGUGGGCCCUGCUGCCCAGGGCCUCCUGCACCCUCUCCCCCACCCACUGGCCUCUCCAGUCCCAUCGCGCGGUCCCUCCCUGGUGCCCUCCCCGUGCACACUGAUCCCCUCAUUGGCCAGACCACCUGCUGGUUCUCCUGGUUGAGGCUGCACAAGCCGCACCAGUAGGGAACAGUCCAUCCAGACUCACAGCCCCAGGCCGGGGUGCUGCAGGCCUCAGCCUGCCUCCCCCUUCUUUGUUACCCUUGUGGGGGUGGGGGGCUGCCUCUGUAGAUAUUUUAAAUGUGGGGCCACACAUCUUCUUUGAGGAGGCUGUGCUUGGUUGGGGGCUCACCAAGCCACGGGGUGGGAUCUGAGUUGUGGUUGGCUGGCGCUCACCCCCCCCCCCCAACCCAUCACCUUCAGCCCGGAUUAAAGGCAGGAACCCAGCUUUUAUUUCUGUUCCCUUUUCACGACUCCCUGGCAGCAGAUUUAUGCAGGGGAGGGGGAGGGGUGCCUGAGGUGGUAAGGGAGAGCUUCCAGGGAACUUCUCCCCUGUCUUUUGCUACCAUCCUACUUCCAGGUCAGGGCUCUGUCUUUUAGAGCCAGUGUCACUCUGGGUAGGGCCUGGAAGCUUGUGAGGAAGCCAGCCUUUGAAGGCGGCAGGAGUGAGGGGAGGCACCCUGGGCCCAUGAUUUGUUAAGGUGAGGUGACCUGGCCUCUGUUGUCCCCAGAGCAGAAGGGCUGGGGGGAGGGUGAGACCAACACCCUGGGCUCCCUCUACCCUGCUCCCGGGUGGGUGGCUACUGUCUUGGGGCCGGCAGCUCUGGUGACGAGGCCUGGGCAGGCCAAGGCUGAGAAGCCAGGGAGCGUGGAGGAGAGAGGACACGAGCCCAGGGAUGGUGGGCCCAGGGUUGGAGACCCUGAUGCGGGCCGGGGCCCAUAAUCAGGUAGGGCCGGGCAAGGAUGGGUGAGCUGGGCUUGGUCUGGCUGGAAUGGGCUCGGAGUGGCCUGCGUGGGUCUAGCUGGGCCCCAGCAGGCCUCACUCCCCACAUCCUGUGGGCUGGCUUCUAAUUUGGGGCUUUGCCUCCUAGCACUGGCCUCUUCUCUCAGUCCUUUGCACUUGAGAGAAGGGGCUGAGGGCCUUGUUCGUGGAGCCCUGGACCCACGACAAAGGACCAGGCAUUAUCCUCAUGAAACUGAACACAUUCUGACUGGUCCAAAUGCACUCCAGCUGGCCCAGCCCGGGCAGGGCUGGCCAAGAGAGAGGUCGGUUCAGAGGAUGAGCUGGAGCUCUCCUCGGUGCAAUGUGGGGGCCGGGGCUCAACCCAGCCUGGGCGUAAGGGGGACAUGUCUGGUCAACCCGAGUGUGCUUGGGAGAGGGAGUCCUGCGGGAGCCCUGGCAUCCCCUGGCAUCUCCUAGAAGCGGGGCAAAAUUCCCAAAAGGGGGGGAGCUGGUGUGGCUUGAGCCUGGGCCUCAGCUGCCAGGGAGGGCACCUGGGGCCUCCAGAAGUGGGGUUUGGGCUCUCCCAGGCUCUGCUUCCCUAGGAGGCCAGAGGGGGGUGCGUCUCCUGGAAGGUUUGUCCCCUUGAGCCCUGCAGGUGGCUGCGUGGUAACCAGGGCUGGAUGAGACAGACCUGUGGACAGUGGCAUGGGGUGCUCAGGCCAGAUUCCCCCACAAGGGUUGGCAAAGCCAUCUGUCCAGGCCUCCAGGCUGGGGCCCGGGGCAUGGGAUGCAGACCCGGCUGGGCCUCUCAGGUGGGGCAGGAGUGGCCACCUCUUCCUCGGCUCUCCUGAGUUUCUCCUGACAGCCAGCAGCCUGGACUUGCUUCCUCAGGCCUCCUGCCUGUAAAUAGAAGCCCACCAACUGUACAGAUUUACAGAGACGCCAAGACCGGGCCCCGGGGUUGCCAGCUCAGGGCCGAUGGUUACGGCCUCCCCCAGGCUCCUGCCCGGCAGCUCAGUGCACCCGGCCCCGGCGUGGCAAAUACAUGUAAAUAUAUUUCGUAGGCAGUGUGGCUCCAGAGAGCCCCCCUGAAGACAGUGUCCCUCCUGUGCGCCCUUUCUCCUGUACAGAAACCCCCGAGAACCCAGCGGGAGUUUGUCCUUCCCUCCCCCAGGACUUCCCCACCCUUUCUCUCCCCCAUAACCUGUUUAUUAACCAUAACUGUCCUGAGUUCAUGGCCAAAUCUCUAAGGAGAAGUGGAGGGAAAAGACUGGAAAAAGAGACCCAGGUGCCUGACCCACUGUGGGUGCUCACCUGGCCCAGCCUUGUGAAGGAGCUGUUUGGGGUUUUUUGUUUCUGGGGUUUUUUUGUUUGUUUGUUUGUGUUUUUUUGUUUUUGUUUUUUAACACUUCACGUGCUGUGCCCAUUUAUAAGAGGAAAUAAAAUUAAGCUGAAAUGA